CAACGGGAGCAAAGAAAAGCGUAAAAUGUAAUCGCCUGGGAAAAAUCAGUGAUCAGGUCAUGCGAUUUUUGUUCGAAUCGUAGGUGAGAUAUGUCGUCUACGAUGGCUACAUGGACGCCAAGCUCUCUCCAGCUCAGGAUUGCCCUUAAUCAUGGUAGAUUCAGAGCUGCUCCGGCGAGACCGAAGAUGACGAAGCUCAGUCGCCGUCUUCGGAUGUUAUGCGUUGCGCAGAACACAGAAUCGGGUCGCGAUUUGGAUGGGAGAAACGGGUCGGAUCGUUUUCGUGGGUGGUCUGAUUCGGGAGACGAUGAGAAGACUGGCGAUUGGUUUAAAGGAACCUUGUUAUCUGGAGUAGCCGGAAUGGUUCUUUUCGCUGGGCUAACUUUCGCAGCUCUAUCAUACAAACGAAACGUUUCAAGACCAAAAGUAGAAAUGAUGAUGACCAGGGUUACUGAAAGUUCAAGUGAUCAUAUUAGCACACCUGAGCAUGAGGAAAAUCAUGCGACAGAUCAAGAUAACCAAGAAAGCUAUAGAGAUUUUCCAGUUUUGUCUCGGGAUGACAUAGAUGUGGCGUCCGAUGCCGCGGCUACAAGCAAAGGGAAUCACGAGGUGGACAAAGCAUCAGAAAGCCCAGCUGAGAGAUACACAUCAUCGACAGAGUUGGAUGGAGUAUCUACACAUGCCUCUCCAACCUCAGACGAGAAGCAGAAACUUCGCUCUUAUACAGGAAUACCUGCUCCUUCCACAGUUCCACAAGCAAACCCCUUAAAACCUAUCUUUCCAACGGUUGUGGACCCAGUUCAAAGUCAAAUUUUUGCAGCUUUACAAGCGCUAAAGGUUAUUGAAUCUGAUGCCCUGCCUUAUGAUUUAUGUACACGUCGUGAAUUCGCUCGUUGGGUGGUUUCCGCAAGCAAUGUUCUAUCGAGGAACUCAGCAUCAAAAGUUUAUCCUGCCAUGUACAUAGAGAAUGUUACUGAACUUGCAUUUGAUGAUAUUACACCUGAAGAUCCUGAUUUUCCAUUCAUUCAAGGUUUGGCAGAGGCAGGACUUAUCUCAAGCAAACUCUCUAACCACAACAUGCCUUCUGCUGAGAGCAGUCAGUUUACGUUCUCACCAGAAAGCCCUCUUGCACGUCAGGAUCUUUUGAGCUGGAAGAUGGCUUUGGAAUUCCGACAGCUCCCAGAAGCUGAUAGCAAGAAGUUGUACCAGCUUUCUGGUUUUCUUGACAUUGAUAAAAUCGACCCAGAAGCAUGGCCUGCCCUGAUAGCUGACUUAUCUGCUGGAGAAGACGGAAUAACAGCACUUGCUUUUGGGCGUACCAGAUUGUUUCAACCGUCUAAAGCAGUUACAAAAGCACAAACAGCUUUGUCUCUUGCAAUUGGCGAAGCUUUUGAAGUAGUCAGCGAGGAGCUAGCUCGUAUCGAAGCAGAGGCUAUGGCUGAAAACGUGGUUUCUGCACAUACAGCGCUGGUGGCUCAGGUCGAGAAAGAUAUUAAUACUAGCUUCGAGAAAGAGCUUUUAAUAGAGAAAGAAAUAGUUGAUGCAGUGGAGAAAUUGGCUGAAGAAGCCAAGUCGGAGCUGGCAAGACUUAAAGUCGAGAAAGAAGAGGAGACUCUUGCAUUGGAGAAAGAACGCACGUCUAUUGAAACAGAGAUGGAGGCUCUUGCAAGAUUACGAAAUGAGCUUGAGGAACAACUUCAAAGCCUUGUGAGUAACAAGACAGAGAUGUCGUACGAGAAGGAAAGGUUUGAUAGACUUGAAAAGCAAGUGGAGGAUGAGAAUCAAGAGAUACUCCGGUUGCAAAAUGAGCUUGAAGUCGAAAGGAAAGCUUUAUCCAUAGCCAGGAAUUGGGCUGCGGAUGAAGCGAGAAGAGCAAGAGAACAAGCAAAAGUACUAGAAGAAGCUAGAGGACGUUGGGAAAAGUAUGGCUUAAAAGUAGUUGUUGACAGUGACCUCCAUGAACAGACAACAACCGAGUCUACCUGGUUGAACGCGGGAAAGCAAUAUACCGUCGAAGGAACCAUGAAAAGAGCUGAAAACCUGGUUGCUCAGCUCAAGAAGAUGGCGAAAGAGGUAGGAGAAAAAUGCAGAGAAGUAAUCUACUUGAUCAUAGAAAAGAUAGGUCUUUUGAUCUCAGCCUUGAAAGAACAAGUUUAUGGAAUAGAGAACAAAGCCAGAGACUUCAAAAUGAAAACCAAGUCAAAAGCUGAAGAAAUGGGGAAACAAACGAGCUUGAAGAUUGAUGAGAUCAGAAAUAUCUCUACGAUGAAGGUUAAAGGGACUGUGGAAGAAGCUCGGCGAGUGGCUGAAGAGAUUAGGGACAGACUUAGCCAGAAAUUCAGAUCCAAGUAGGUUUUGAGCUUAAGUUUAUUUUCCGACAAAGAAGCACAAAAAUGUGUCUUUUGUUCUUGAUCCAUCUUUUCCUUUGAUUUUGAUAUUUCCAACACUUUAAAUUAUUUUGGCCUCUUUACAAAAA